AUGAGUGCUUACGCUGCAAUCAAAGAACAGGGCUUUGUUUAUGCGAUAUCUACAAACUCACCUGAGGAUGAAACCAAUGAUGAGUGUCUUGCAUACGAAGAUAGCUCCGAUGAUGAUAUCAACGACGACGACGACGACGACGACGACGACGACGACGACGACGACAACAACAACAAUAGCGAAAUAAAAGUCAGAGGCAUAAAAGAUUGGAACGGAAUAUCAACUUCAACUGCUUCAUCCUACACUCUUGUUGAAGAAAGUACUAGACUUGAGACACCACUUCACUUGAUCACAGUAUCAGACUUUGUACCAGACGAAACAAAUCUUGCCUUUUGCACUUCCAGUGUCAAAGUUACUCUACGCGCUUGGGAAUCUAUACUAGUCAGGGGGCAGUUUAGGUUCAAAGUUCUUUCGGGAAAAGUCAAGAUUAACAACUGCAUUAAAUUAGAAGCAAGUCCUCAGCGUAUAUAUAAUUGGACCGCGCUUCAGUACCAAUCCUUACCAGUGAUUAGCAAUUGCUGUGUUGAUAUCAAUGGAAAUACAAGUAAAAAUGGAAACGUAAGUAGACGAGGGAAUGCAAAUGGAGAUGGAGAGGAUCAAAAUGCAGCAGUCAUUGAACUUUUAAAUUACAAUACCGGUUUACAAGGUAUCAUUCACGCUUAUCCAUCCACAUCCAACAUGACUUUUGGUCGAAACAGCUUGGCCAUGUCAAUUGACAGAGCUGAUUUAACUGGUGCAAUAUCUUUCUCCAAUUAUUCAUUUCAACUAAUUCUUGAAUCUAGUGAUUCGACACGAGGGUUACAACUUGACAAUUCAUGGACCUUUUAUUACCAAAAACUUCGAGCACGUAAAAAGUUCAAAUUAAUGGCCAUAGGAGGGAAGAACACUGGUAAAUCAACACUCUGUGCCAACUUAUUGAGUUACAUGCUUUCAUCAACUGAACAAUCAGUGGUAUAUAUGGAGCUUGAUCCCGGGCAAUCAGACUACUCGGCGCCAUAUUGUUUAUCUUUGUGUCUCAAGAAAAGCCGCUCAUUAGCAUUUGAUAGCACUGCCUGUGAUGUGAUUAGUACCCAAUAUUAUGGCUACACAAGCCCUAUCGAGGCUCCCUCAAGGUACCUUGCUAUAGUGCGGAAACUAUAUGAUGAAUAUGAAUCAAAUAAAUAUGCAGCAAAAGGUUACCCUUUGAUUGUCAAUACACCAGGUUGGAUUAAAGGAUUUGGACAAGAGAUUUUGCAAAGCAUUUCACAUAUUGUCGAGCCAACUAAUUUGGCGCUUUUGACGAAAAGCUUUUCUUCUGAGUUCAAUCACAGCGAUGCAUUUCUUGAUGGUUUACAAUACGAAGAAGUGGAAUAUCUUCCUGCUGUAACAUCAACGAGCACUGCAAAUUCUGUUGCUCCAUCCAAAAUCAGAAAUUUGAAAAGUUUAAUGUAUUUUCAUCAACAAUCGCCAAGAACUUUUGACUUCAAGAGUCCGUUAUUGCAAAAGAGUCCUCUCAAAUUGAGUUACUCUGUUGGGCUAGAGGAAGAUGCAUUUAUUGCUGGAGUGACACAUUUGACCUUGAACAUUGGGCAAAAAUUUGACUUUGACAACAUGCUGGCGUUACUCGAGUCACAAGUUUGGGCUGUUUACGCUAUAAAAAAAGACUUUUUACCUCAAACAAGCUUUAGAUAUGAUACGAAGAACCGGUGCUUCCCCAACUUGAUACAAUAUUCACAGACGGUUGACAAAUACGAGUGUCAGGAUAUCUGUGGGCUUUUACUAAUACACAGUAUAAAUCCUUCAGAGCGGUUCUUGAAUGUAUAUGCUCCACCACAUGUGGUUGCAAAUAUAACAGAGCAAAUAAGGAGAGGAAACAAGUUGCAUUUGGUGAGAGGGGAUGGGAGUGCACCGCUAUUGGAUGUAAUGGAGCCUUUUAUUAAGAAAUGGACCACUAACAGUUUAUCUCCAACUGAUGAGAUAGAAAAGCUUCCUUACAUCAGUAGUAGCUCUCGCACGAAGUCCAAAUACAAUGGUGUAUGGAAAGUUCGAAGAAAUAUUCAAAGGAAAGGACAUCAACGAAGUUAG